UCUCCUGCAAAGUUAAAAACAGACUUUGUUUAUCUUGCAGCUUGUUUUGCUGAAAUGCUCUCCGACUAGUUAAUCUACUUUCCUCCUCUUCCCUCACUCUCGUUAUCUUACUCUUCCCAGCAGAGAAGAGUGCGACACCAUUUUUUUUUAUUUUACUCCUUAAAUCUUCAUAAUUUGCUGCUUCUCUUUGUAAUUUAAUUAUUUUUUUUUGGUGGUGUGUUUUCUGUAGCUGAUAACCGUGCAGCACGAAAACAAAAGGGUCAGGACUCCAUUUGCACGUGCCAUUUUAUAAAAAGACUUCAUAUUUUUUUCUGCAGACGUCUGGCUGUUGUUGUUUUUGGGGUAUUUUUUGCAGCUGAAGCUCGACAGGAGGAUAUAUAACCGAGCAUUUGGAGACAUUUGGAGAGCGCCAUGGCGACCGAAGUGGAUACGUGGUCCUCUGCUACCAAAGCCGACGGGGUGUUCUCUUUCGACGACAACCUGGCAGAGGCUAACCAUCCCUACAGCGUCGACGAUGAGCUGCUGAACGAGGCGGAGGUGAACGGUAACUGGACACCUCAGGAGAAAGCGCUCCACGAGGCGCGACUCAAAGCCAAAGCCAAGCGCCGCCUGCGCAAGAACUCCCGCAACUCCACCAGCGAGUCCUUCUCUGAGUCGGGAGAACUGUCAGGAGGUGACCCAAACAGUCCAAAGGGCAAAGUCAACACCAACGACCGCAAAUCCAGGACGGGCAAAGGCAGAGGCCUGCCAAAAAAAGGUGGGGCAGGUGGUAAAGGAGUUUGGGGGGCUGCUGGGAUGGUUUAUGAAGAUGAGGAGCCUGAUAUGCGGGACCCCAACUAUGAUGAGGUUGCCCAGGGGGACACAGUUUAUGCAACAGUUGUGCCAGAGGUAGAUGAGAAGGAACUGGAGAAAAUGGUCAACCCGAUUGUCCAGGAGUACUUUGAACAUGGAGACACAAAAGAGGUCCAGAUGUUGCUGAAGGGGCUCAACCUGGGCCAACACAAGUACGAGUUCUCCUCUCUGGCCGUGUCCCUGUCCCUUGAAGGCAAGGCCAGCCACAGAGAGCUGACCUCCCGCCUGCUGUCCGAUCUGUCAGGCAAGAUGCUGUCACAAAGUGAAAUGGCCCGCGCCUUCGACAAGAUCCUCAAAGAGCUGCCAGACCUCAUACUGGACACACCGGAGGCUCCACAGAUGUUGGGCCAGUUUGUAGCCAGAGCCAUAGCGGACCACGUCCUCCCCAUGUCUUUCCUGGACUUUUACAAGGGCAAAGUGGACUGCGAGCAUGCCAGAGUGGCUUUAGAUCGUGCCGAAGUGCUGCUGACUAUGAAGAGGGAGAUGGUUCGUCUCGAUAACGUGUGGGGCGUGGGUGGAGGCCUGAGACCCGUCAAACAUCUCGUCAAAGAGAUGAACCUCCUGCUCAAGGAGUACCUGGUAUCGGGAGACGUGGCGGAGGCUGAGCACUGUCUGCGGGACCUGGAAGUCCCACACUUCCACCAUGAGCUGGUCUAUGAGGCUGUAGUGAUGGUGCUGGAGUCGAAAGGAGACACUGCCAGUCAUAUGAUGAUAAAGCUGCUGCAAUCCUUCUGGAAAACAGCCCUCAUCACUGUGGAUCAGAUGAACAGGGGUUUCCAGCGUGUCUAUGACGAGCUCCCAGAAAUCAACCUGGAUGUGCCACAUGCCCACUCCAUCAUGGAGACCUUUGUAGACCUCUGCUACCAGGAGUCUGUCAUCACCAAACAGCUGAGGGAUGCCUGUCCUGCCAGAGGACGGAAGCGUUUUGUGAGUGAAGGAGAUGGAGGAUUGAUCAAGACCUAAUCCCCAAGAUUAAGAGGAAGAGCAGGAGGAGGAGGAGGGGGGUCUACAGGUUCUUACACCCCGUUUCCACUCCAGCAUGUUUUCCCCUGAAACCGGGCAUGCUGGCAGUCUAAAGUUUCCCUGUUCCUCUCCUGAUAAUGUUUUCAUUACACAAACCAGCAUUGACGUUCGGUGAAAGUAGACUGAGGAGUCGGCCAGGCGUUCAGUUCCAUUCAUCUGGUUAAUCACUGUUUUUGACUUCUUUUUUUUGUAAGAAAAUUCUUUUAUUUUGGGGUUGAUGCGCCCUUCUUGCCUCAGUCUUUAUACCUGUUUCUCAAGAAUAAUUUGAGUCGGAGCUGCAGAAAGACGGGUGGACUGGAUGGGGUGUGUGGGAGAUGAAUUUGGGUAUUUUGUCUCUUGCUUUGCUUCACCUGUUGCCAUGUCUCUAUUUUUUUUUUUUUCAUGUAAAGCGCUAUAAAUGAAAAACGCACUUGGAUUACAGAGGAUACUGUACAGUCAGUGAGCACUUAGUAAUUUAGCUCAACAACAAGGAUCUAUAAACGUUUUUUUUUUAAGUUUCUGCCACAAAUGAUUUGAAAUUAUUCCAAGGACGACGUGCUUUGUCCCUUCUGGUUCAAAUGGUUCUAUUGAUCCGUUAUGAAUGUGGGUUUUUUUUGGUUGUUGUUUUUGCAUCUUCGGUCCCUGAGGCCAAAUGUUCACUUCAUAAAGUAACGCAGUCACAGCAAGAAGUGUGUGGUUACUGUUUGGGUGGUUAUUUGAAACUUACAUUAGGGCAAAUAUACUUCAGAAGUCCUUUUCUGAAAAAAAAAAAAAAUAAUAAAUUGGGGUUAAUGUGUGUAAAAAUAAUAAUAAUAAAAAAAAGAUUAAACGAGCAAUAUUUUGAGCACUCUGACUUCGCUAGCAAUUAAUAAAUCUACAGCUCACAUGGUCAGAAAUAGAUUCUGAACAGGUACCCUUACAAUAUAAUGCCAAACCUUCUGUAGAGAGAAGAAGUAUUCUGGUAAAAAAAACGGUCUGAAAUGGCAACCUAAGCUUUUCUUGGAAGACUAUAUGUUAAGCAUAUUCAUAAGUGAAUAUUCUUUUCUGCCACUGUUUGUAACAGUUGUUCAUGUUGACAAAAGCUAAAGAUGUGGCUAAGAAAUAUAUUUCAUUCAUUAAAAAGCAACAAAAUUAAGUUUCUGUAUUUGUUUUGGUUCAGGACAGCAGUAUUGAUGGAAGAGUAAACAGGAGUAAGUGAUUGGGCAAGUGUUGUAGAGAUGUACAUCAGUCACAUUUGCUGAUCACUCAUCAGUUGUGAUACUUAAUGUAUUUUUCAACCUUGUCUUUCACUUGUACCUUCUCUGUCAGUUUGUCUCAUUUCCCAUCUAAUGGUCAGAGCAGGUGUAAAAAUGUUAACUUAAACGUGUAACCGAGAAGCAGUUUGAGGCCAAAGCUUGGAUUUUUUUGACCCCAUUUAUGGUACAUCAAAGAUACCUGGCUAUGUGUCAUAGCACAGCUUUAUUAUGCUUACCGUGUAAAUAAGUGGUUGAGGGAAAUUAUGUUAAAUGGUUCAUAUUUUGGAAACUGGUGUACUUCACAGGAUGCACUCAUUCAUGCAUGCAGCUGUCCACUGUCAGAUAGAUGCUAUUAAAAUGUUAAUGUUUUGUAUUCCUACAAUCAUCUUUGUACUAUUGAUUUAUUUUGGAUCAGCAAAUUGUUCACAACACACUUCCCUACACAAGAACUUCAUUUUAUAUAUAUUUCAAUAAAAUUACAUAUUUCCCUCUA